AUGCGCAAGUACCGGAGCUUCCUGUCGCCCGACGACGCGCUGCGCGACCUGCGCAAGCACGCCAGCCAGGGCGCCGAGAUCCGCUGGGAGCUGCACACCUCGCGCACCGACGUCGACCUGGCCUCGCGCGCCGCCACCAAGUGCAGCUGCCACAGCCUGACGCCCCAGGCGCAGCGCGAGGGCCCGCGCCGGCACCCGGAGCGCGGCGACCUGCGCAAGCACCACAGCGCCGAGACCGACAAGUGGUCGCUCAAGCCCGACCCGCCCGAGCACGACCUGCGCAAGCACCUCAGCGACGACAGCCGCAUGGACCGCGAGCACCGCUGGACGCUCCAGGUGCCCGAGGUGCACGCCAACCCCAAGCAGCGCUGCACCUGCCCCAAGCCCCAGCUGGCGCUCUCGCCCUCGCCCUCGGCCAGCGACGAGGGCCCGCCGGGCUCGCGCCGGCACAGCCCCCUGCCCUCCGACGAGGAGGACCGCCGCUCGGGCUCGCGCGCCGGCUCGAGGCUCGGCUCGCGCUCGGUCACGCCCACGCUGCCCGUGCCCCAGCCCGCCGGGCAGCAGCUGCUGCAGAAGCGGCCCAGCGCCGACUCGCGCUCCUCCCGGGAGCGGGUCUCUCCCCUGCCGGGCAGCGUCGAGCAGCCGGUCGAGGCCCCGCAGCCCCAGCAGCCGAGCAAGAGCGUGAGCGUCAAGGGCCGGGCGCAGCCCUCGGAGGAGCGGAGGGCGCUGCGGGCGCGCUGGGGCGUCAAGCCGCACUUCUCGCUGCCGGCCGAGCGCAAGGCCUCGAAGCUGGUCAAGCCGCACGACGACUACAAGAGCAAGAGCCUGAAGGAGCGGCCCAAGUACAGCGUGCGCCGCAGCAUGUCGCCCGACCCGGACCGCGACCCGCGGCAGGCGCUGCGGCUGGACAACCGCAUCGUGCGCAAGCUCAUCUCGCCGGAGGUCAGCCUGAUGGACGCCAAGUGGGCGCCGUACGAGGGCCACUCGCCCCUGCCGAGCGUCGGCAUGAAGAAGCGCGAGACCAAGAAGAUCAGCGACAUCAAGUGGGUGCCGUACGAGGAGUCGCCGAUCCAGGCGGUGGCCGCGGGCCCGAAGCUGCUGGAGCGCGAGCCCAGCAUGCCGCUCGACGAGGAGGACGGGCCGCCGCGCGCCUGGUCGCCCUUCCACAACAUCACGCCGACGCACCUGCCGCCGCCCGAGGCCACGCCCACGCCGACCGAGGAGGAGGCCUUCCGCUUCCGCAUCCUCGACCAGGUGCAGGCCUUCCCGAUCUACCAGGGCGCCUGGCGCGAGGAGUCCCCGCCGCCGCCCAGCCCGCCCCCCGAGAUCGGCACGCCCGUCUGGUCGCCGCAGGACCCGCGCGAGGCCCAGCUGCGCCGGCAGACCUCCUUCGCCCCGCCGGCCAUGCACCGCUCCUCGCCCUCGCCGCCGCCCACGCCGCCGCCCAAGCGCUCGACCCUCAAGGUGCGCUCCAGCAAGAAGAAGGCCCUGCGCGCCAAGUCCCAGGAGAGCCAGCGCCAGCAGCAGCACUACCAGGAGCCGGCGGCCCAGCCGAUCCAGCUGGCGCCGCCGCCGGCCCUGCGCUCCAUCAUGCGCGCCUCGAGCGAGGAGCCGGGCCGCGCCCGGAGGAACCGGCCCCAGCUGCAGCGGAGCAAAGCCCUGCUCGACGUGCCGCCGCACAUCGACGCGAGCAAGCGCUCGCUCAGCGAGGAGGUGCGCAGCUACAACCGCAGCGAGUCCACCAAGCGCGGCCUGAUCUUCCGGGCGAAGAGCGAGGACGCGGCGCGGCACGGCGGCCGUUGGUUCGCCGACGACGAGGACCCCGAGCGCCAGGAGCUCCGGGAGUACGUCACCACCGUCUAA